AUGUUCUGGGGCUGCGUUACCGAAAUGAUCGGCUAUGGUGGACGCAUCAUGAUGUGGCAGGAUCCAUUCUCGUUCCCAGGCUUCCUUAUCCAGAUCAUAUGCAUCACUCUAGGUCCGGCCUUCUUCUCCGCAGCCAUUUACUUCACGCUCUCACAAAUGCGAGUGCACUUCCGUCGUGACGUCAUCUAUCUGGGCACCAAGCACUCUCGCUUCUCGCCUAAGCUGUACUACUGGCUCUUCAUACCCUGCGAUAUCGUUUCUCUCGCGCUCCAAUCCGCCGGCGGCGCAUUGUCCUCCAUCUCCUCUGGGGACAGCACUUCGGGCGUAAACGUAGGACUCGCUGGCCUUUCCUUCCAAGUUUUCUCCCUUACUGUGUUCAUCCUUCUCGCCCUCGACUACGCUAUUCGCUAUACCCGAGGUCAAAGGACCCAGCCAGGCGCGACGAAGCUGCCGGCGUCGUUCAAAAUCUUCAUUGUUUUCUUGUCGUUAGCUAUCCUGCUCAUCCUGAUCCGGUGCUGCUUCCGCAUUGAUGAGCUUAGCGAAGGCUAUUUCGGUCCUUUGAUACACAAUCAAGGGCUGUUCAUUGCCCUUGAGGGAGUGAUGAUCAUCGCUGCUACUUUCGCGCUGAACGUUGCGCAUCCUGGGCCAGUCUUUAGACGGUCGGAAGCCACGACCCUCGAUGUAUCCAAGCACAUAGCCGAUGCGGAACGUCUUCCUGUUUCCAAUCCUUAG